CCCUCCUCGGCUACUUCUCCGGAUGGCGCGGGCGGGAGGGGGCGGAGCCGGGCUGGCGGCGGCGGCCGCUGCCACAGCGGCCGGAAACAAUAGUGGAGAAGCCCGAGCUGCGCGGAACGGCAGAGGUGGCGCGUGGGACCGAACGGAGCACUAUGAACGAAGAGGAGCAGUUUGUAAACAUUGACUUGAAUGAUGACAACAUUUGCAGUGUUUGUAAACUGGGAACAGACAAAGAAACGCUCUCCUUCUGCCACGUAUGUUUUGAGCUAAAUAUUGAGGGAGUACCAAAAUCUAAUCUCUUGCACACUAGAUCAUUAAGGGGCCAUAAAGACUGCUUUGAAAAAUACCAUUUGAUUGCAAACCAGGAUUGUCCUCGAUCUAAGCUUUCAAAAAGCACUUAUGAAGAAGUUAAAACCAUUUUGAGUAAAAAGAUAAACUGGAUUGUACAGUAUGCCCAAAAUAAGGAUCUAGAUGCAGAUUCUGAGUGUUCUAAAAAUCCCCAGCAUCACCUGUUUAAUUUCAGGCAUAAACCAGAUAAAAAGUUACUGCCACAGUUUGACUCUCAAGUACCAAAGUAUUCUGCAAAAUGGAUAGAUGGAACUACAGGUGGCCUCUCAAGCUGUACACAAAGAAUUUUGGAGCAGAGGGAAAAUACAGACUUUGGGCUUGGUAUGUUAAAAGAUUCAGGUACCAGUUUAUGCCAUAAUAGUAUAUUAUGGUCUCAUAGUCAUAACCAAUCACAGAAGAAAGAAGAGACAGUCUCUAAUCCAGAGGCCAUUGUUCAGACCCAGCACCCACAUUACAGCAGAGAAGAAUUGAAUUCAAUGACUCUUGCUGAGGUACAGCAACUGAAUGCAAAGCUCCGACAGCAAAUCCAAGAAGUUUUUGAAGAGUUAACACAUCAAGUGCAAGAAAAAGAUUCUUUGGCCUCAGAGCUCCAUGUCCGCCAUGUUGCCAUCGAACAGCUUCUCAAGAACUAUUCUAAGUUACCAUGUCUGCAAGUGGGGCGCACAGGAAUGAAGUCACACCUGCCCAUAAACAACUGAACUAAACUUACACUUACUUCAUAUGCUCUGUGGUUUAUUGGUCUGCCAGGCACGCAAAGUUUGAAGAAAGUUAUAGUUCAGUCUUUUAUACAGUUAUUAAAUUUGCAGUGUUUAAGGUGAUACUAACAUCUUCAUCAAAUAAAGCAGAUCAUUAUACUCUAGUCUUUUAGGGUUAAUCAUUUUGGGAAUCUUUUUCCCAUAAUUACUAAAUGCCCCCUCUCUGAUUCUUACCACAUGUGACUUCUUCAGUAUACUGUUACAAUGUGAUUUUAUUAAAUAUAAUUUAACAUAAUUCAUCUGUCAGAAUUAUAGAAGGUUAACAAACUCCUUAGAUUAGUCUGAACUACUAAAUAAAAUUUUUAAGAGGGAAAUAGAAUUCAUAAUAUUCACCUCUUAUUUAUUAUGAGCAAUAUUUUAAUAUGAAAAUUUUAUAUAUAAAUGCUAUUUUAGGUACCUUUCCAUUCUCUUUAUAAAUGUGUAUUUAAAUGGCUCUAUAUAUGAUAUUUACACUUUCAUGUGUGAAUAUGUUCAUCCGUAUUUCAGAUCGCUGCAUUUUAUUAAUACAAUGUUUUUACAACUAUUACCUUGUUUUCCAAAGAAAAAAUGUAUUUUGGAGUAGAAAUAUAUCUAGUUGAAUUGUUUUAACUCCUAGUAACUCACGAAAGGGGAAUUAAUGAAAUACAAGUAAAUAAAAUGCAUUAUUUUUUCUAACAAAAACUAUUCUCGGUUCAGGAAGAAAAUGCUAAUCCAGUUUUUGUAUGUCAACUUGUCUCCGUAGAGAAAAGUCUUUACUACUACAUUAUUACUUUCAUUCUAAUUGCUUUGAUGUGUUAGAAUUUGGAUAGAGUAAGUCAAGCCUCACUUGCCAGUCAAAUGUAAUAUCCCAACUUUCCUCAGAUUGAAUGUGCUGGAAAUUGUCUUUGACAAAAAUUAAAAACUAUUCAGUGUCCCACUUUGGGUAAAGGUUCAAGAAUUUUUUAAGCUAUCCAGAUUCUUUAUCAACGUCCUUGAAAUUAGUGCCCAAAGAAAGCAUUCUGUGGGGUAUUUUUCCAAAAUUUAGAAUCUAAAGGAAAAGAGGAUUGCUUGACAACAAGAAAAACAGAAAUUCUAAUUCAAAAAAAUAAGCCUAUUUUAAAAAGGAUAUUCUUUUAAGUUGCUUAUGAUGCUUCCAGAGAGUUCUUAACUAAUAGAUUGUCUCAACCAGCUAGGUAAGUUUUUCAGUAGUGUAUUACAGUAAAAGCUAUAACCAGUUCAGAGUAAAAUUGGGCUCUAAAUUCUGUUUACAACUGGUGCUUAGAAUGUAUUUAUGAGGGAGAUCUUUUGCUUGAGAGAAUCUGCUUGGCAGCUUCAUGCGUAAAUAUAUGAAUGACUUCUGCCUUAAAUUUGGCAGCCUACUCUGGCUUGGGUCAGAUUUUAGUCUUGAACAAAAACAGUAUUUGACAAAGCAGACACCUCAAUCUGGUAGAACACAACUUUUUGUAAUGCUAAAAUGUGUUAAAUUAACUUGAGGGCUGUAUUUGAUAAUCCCAUCAAUUUUAUUUUAUUUCUUUUUUUCCCUUCUUAAGUAUGACAUAAUUACUUUUUGCAGGGAGCUUUUGAAGGAUGCAUUCAGUUUUUCUCAGUUCUUUGGGACAUCCAAAAUGAAUUUAAAAUCCAGGGAAUGGGGAUGCACUGCUUUAGUUUUAAUAAGCUUUAACUUUAAUAUGUGCAAUAUCAAGUUCUCUAUAAAUUUACAAGCUGCCUAAAGACAUUUCCUGAUUAUGCCAGUAAGUAGUGUGCUUAGUUGUUACGUCACAUUUUCGAAUUUGACUUUACUCUUUUUUGGCAUAAUUCAUUAAGAUUUUUACCAGCCAGUGUGUUCAUCCACAUUUAGGCUUCUAUUUAGAUCACUUAGGGAUAGUCAUUAAAAAGUUCGGGAUGUGUUUGCAUUUGAUACAUCAGUAGCAGCAUAUUUCCAGAAUAUGAGCCAUAUAGUGCAGUCCUGAAUAAACAGUGUCAUCCAAAGAAAGUGUUUGCUUAUCUCUUAAAGAGUUUCUGGCAAAUAUGUAGCUGCUUACUAAUCAGUUUGGAACGAUUGGAUGGAUUAUGCAGGUGUUAAGUCUUAACUGGGGACUCGUUUGUUCCAUUUAGAUAUUUCUGCUUAAGCUCUUCAAAGGAAAGGUGCUCUUUAAAAAUAUCUGUGGUGCUGGUAUUCACACUAGUAUUUUAUUUGGAUGAAAUUUUUUUUGUUGACGUGUUUUGCACGGAAGUUUAUCCAAAUAAUUUGUAAACAUGUAUACACCUAUGUUAUAUUAGUUUUCUUGAUUAAAUAUGCAAUCAUUGUGUAUGCAGCUAUAAGGACAAGGGUCAGAGUUGAAUUCUAACUGGAGAGAACGUACAAUACGACAACUAAUGGUUUUGGUAGAUGUGACUAUUUUGUUAUUAAGGAAGUUUAGAAGAAAACCUCAGUAUAAUCUGUAGCUUCAGUUUCAGAAAUGUCAAAAGGCAGAUGGCCAAUCAGCCAUUACUGACAUUUUUAGAAUUUGUAUGAUUAAGCGCAAUGAAAUAAUACUCAUGUAAUUUUUUCAAGUUAAGUUUCAUAACUAGAGAAGUUGAAUUGAGUUAAAAAGUUAGAAGUCAAAAGUGGUUUUGACUAUAUGAGAUUGUUAAGAUUAAAAGUUUUAAAAUCUCUUCAGCUUUAUAAUUGAGCUAAAAAUACUUUUUCUUAUUUUGAGAGAAUCGUAUUAUCCUUAAAUCGUAGUAUUUAAUACCUAAGUUUAGUCUAAAAAAAGGCAUGCACUUAAGACAUUGUGAUACCAGUAAUAGAUGAUUCAGGCAGCAGAAUAGUGUUUUGUUCCAGGAUGUAGUUUCUUAUGCAGAAUGUUUGAGCAAAGAAACGUUCUUAGUCUGUAGAAUUAUUAUGUUCAUUUCACCACAAAGUGCCCAUUUUUGUAUACAUUUAAGGAUUAUUUUUAAAAUAUCAAGUUCAUAUUGGAAAGUGAUUUCAGAAAUAUAGUGCAAAUAUAUUCUAUUUUAUUGUUGCCAUCUUGACACAUACAUUGCAAUUUCUUGGGUUUUCAUUUUACUAUAUACUUUGUCACUGAAAAUGGUUUAAAGUAGUCUCUUUUUUUUAUUUGUUUAUGUAUUCUUUACCUUGUUGACACUGUUGAGGCUUGUCUGUCAAUUUUUGCUAGGUUUUUUAGUUUUUUAAAAAAAUUUGGACCUAUUUGUGUGUUAAUAUUUACGAGUUUUGGUUUUGUUUUGCAGGAGAUGCUUUUGUUAAUAUAAGAUGUAAUACAGAAUGUAUAUGUGCUAAACUUAUGCAGAAAUUUUUAAAGAAUAAUGUAUGUGUGGCUUGUUACUGGGAGGUUCAGUUUAGUGAGCGUAAACUUAGGUUACAUAUACGUGAAACCUUUUAAGUGGUACAAUGGAAUUGUUCUUGUAGUGUUACUUUCUCUGACUUAGGCCAGUUAGUUUACUGAUAGAUGUUAUCAUUGCUUAUGUUCAAGUAAGAUAUUUAAAUAUUUUUGAGUACUUAUUAAGAAGUUUAGUACUCUAAAAAUUUUUUUUUUUUAUGUAUUUUAUUCAGAUAUUGCUGUGAAGCAGAGGUAAUUGACUUUUCAUUUCAGUGUUUAAUUGCCUUUUUAACUUUAGGUUAUUGAGAAUAAUUAUUUGAGGAAAUUUGUGGUGAAAGUCACUAAAAGAUAAAACUCUCUCAACAGAUUGUUUUUGCUAAGUUAAAUUUUGUGAGAGUGGGAUAGGGGUAGAGGGGAGCUUAUUUACCAGAAUAAAUAAGGUAAUAGGUCUCUGGCAUAACUACGGCACCUGGUAAUGCACAAAGCAGAUAUCUUGGAGGAGGGCUAUAAUGCUGUUUGGAAUAACAGGGCACUCUCUUAUAUCUCAGUGUUUUCUUCCUUUCACUUCCUUUCUUUAUUGCCCUUGUUAGAAUGCAUCUGACUGAUCAAGCGACUUGUGACCAUAGUUACCUUGAUAUGAACUAUAUCAUAGUGAGUCUCUAACAGUAAGGUUUUUUUUAGCAUCAAGUUUGUAAGAUACACUUUUCUGUUCUUUUCAGUCCAGAUUACUAACACAUUUUAGUGAUAUUGGAUUAUUCUACAAUUCUAAGUUUACCAGAGUCAGACAGAAGUCAUGGAGAUGAGAAUUGUCCUUCAUCCCUAGCCCCACUCAAAAAAGAGGUUGAACUUUCCCCAACUGUCCAUAAAGCAAAAGGAAAUUUUAGUAAAUGUGGAUUUCUUCCUUCAACAUGUCUGGAAUGUUCAUUUCCAUCCCAUUUCUUCCAAAAUGAGGUAAUCUAGAAAGUGUCCGUGGUGACUUCUAUUAAAUAUCAUUCCUACUUUUUUACUACUUCUGUGUAUCUCUGUUAGCCUUGAUGUAAAUCUGAGUCUCAUAUGGGCAUUGAACUUAAUCUCUCUUUGAUGUUAGAAAUGUUUUUUUUACAGAAUUUUGCUAAGACAUUUAGAAUAAGAAAAUGGAACUACUGUGGUUAAAAAACCAAGUUGUUUUCGAAAAACUUUAUUUAGACAUUAUUUGGCUGUUACACUUUUCUUUUAAAACUGCAAUAAUUUAUACAUUUGUAUUGCUGUGCUUUGGAACUGUAACUACAUUUGCUUGUCUACUUUUAAUUUUACAAUAAAACAAAUAUUUUGUUAUCUGCCAGCUUCUGU